CCUUCAACUGCAUCGGCUUUCUCCAUCUCUGCGCUGCUUGUUUUUCUUCUUCCUGUUCCCUCCCCGUCGUGGUUGUUGGUUUUCGGUUUUCGCUUGUAGUUUUCUUCCUUUGUCUAUAUUCGCGCGGUUGCUAUCUUCGCCUUUAUCCUCUGAAACGUGUCCCCGUACUCCCCUGUCAGGAGUCUCACUUGGUAGCCUCACUUCCCCUGACACCCCCCUCAGUUUCUGUUGCGACGCGACGCCUCGAGAUUUGGUUUCACCCCGAUUGGAUCUCCACUCUCGACAUACUUGGUCGAGAGUCACGAACUGUCGUUACUGUUUACCUGCCCUUCUCCGAAAGGUUUUCUGUCCGAUCACUGCGCCCUAAGACACGAUAUUCCGUGGAGCCCCCUAUUCUUAUCGCAAACCGCUUCGAACAUAUACAACAUGAAGGCCUCGAAUAAUUUUCUGUGUCUGGUUUCUGCAGUAGCCCUUGCUGUAGAGGGCUACCAGGCCCCUUCAGCUGUCGCGCCCAGUCCGUCGCUACCGAACAUUACUUCUCCGGUCCCGUUGCCAAAUAUUCAAACACCCCGAAGCAAAGAGGAGGAGUCGAAGCUACCAUUGGACGCCCGUCAAAUGGUUCAAAUUGCCAACCCCGGUGUAGCCAAACCCCCGGCUGCCGCUACCACGGAAGAGAUUCUUACGACGACCGUUGUAGAUCAAUGGCCGGAACCCUCGAGUGGAUCAAUCGGACUGGGAACAUUGACCGCAUCCGCGGGAGUGACAAAAUCACUGCGUGCGCGGAGUGAAGGCACACUCGGCCAGACCCCAUGGAUAGGAAUGGCGAUCGGGCUCACAUGCACGGCGCUUGCGGCCGUGAUGCUGGGGUAAUUAUCAGACGCCGAACCUUGGGAGCUUGAAGUUUUACUAGCGACCAUCGCAUCUCAUUGCCCAUUUCAUGGGUUUUGCAUAUGGAGUUCACCUUUUCUUUUCUACGACCUAGCAACCAGCAUGGGUUGCUACUUGCUACGAGCGUAUUUGCAUUCAUGCAUCCGACAGCAGAUAGCCCUAUAAUACUUUGUGGAUAGUAUAUGGGCGCUGCCUCUUUGUUCUAUACUUUUUUUUUCAUCCUUCUGUGCUGCAUUGCUCUUGGCCGUACUAUUCUUAUCAUUCAUACCCAAUUGUUGUAUAGACUGGGUUUGCUUUUUUAUACGUGUACAUGAUACCUUUUCUUUGAAGAUUCCGCUUCUGUCUUGAUAUACUCGGAUUUACUCGACGAUGUAUCUACUAUGCAUGAUGAUCCAACCAAUAUAUCUAUUACAUUUUUAUUACUGAAUGGUUCCUUGCAGGCACCUUUCGUUUUAUUUCUUAUGGCGGAACACGCGAUAGCCA